AAAUCAACAAGGUAUCGCUUUAAUAAAAAACAAAAGUCAUUUUGAGGUCAAGAAGAUCUCCAAUCAAGAAGCAGAGAAAGUAAUAUUUGAAAUUCCAAAACAAAGAAAACACUAAGAAAUUCCGAACACUUUUAGACAUUGACAAAACCGAAGAACUAUAUAAAACUUGCAAGUCUUGGACAAAAAUUCUCACGAACAAGAAAAAAUGGAAAGAAAAAACAAAAAAAACAGAAAAAAUAUUUGUUGGUCAGAAGAAUAAAUAGAAAAAAAAAAAAAAAACUUUGUAUUUUUCAUCAUGUCGAAUAAAAUUCUCUCUCUCCUCUCUAUGUUUUUCUCUCUCUGGAGUCAGCAGAGUCUGCACUAUAUGUAUGUCUCCGUUACUCCUUCAUUUCUGUUGUGUGAUGAAGGUGCAGUUGAGCAGUUUUGCAGCUGACUCUUUGAGAAUUUUACAAACCUUCCACCAUUAAAGCCCACUUCAAAAGCUUCAAGCUCCCAUCUUUUCCUACUCUUUCACUCGCCUAGAUCGCCAUGGCAAUGGACCUCUGCUUCAAUCCGAACCCGAACCCAAAACCCAAUUCAUCAUCUCCUUCACUUUCCGGCUAAAUGCCCUGAACCCACCACCGUGAGAGACCAAUCACCUAAAAGCUUGGUUCUUUCACUGAAAACCCAUCACUUCACUUACUGAGUCACUCGCACUCUCCAAUUUCGACUCGUUUGCUUCAAUGGCGUCCACAAACUCAACCCCAACAGAACCAUCUCUGUCGCCGGACGACAUAGCCGCCAGGGCCCUCAACCGGCGAUUCGAAAGCCUGGUAACUGUUCGAACAAAGGCCAUAAAGGGGAAAGGAGCUUGGUACUGGGCUCACUUGGAGCCCGUUCUCGUUUGCGCCCCCAACUCCAACAUCCCCAAGGCCGUCAAGCUCAAGUGCUCACUCUGCGAUGCCGUCUUCUCCGCCUCCAACCCCUCCAGAACGGCCUCAGAGCAUCUCAAACGGGGUACCUGCCCGAAUUUCACCUCUGUUUUGAGACCCAAUUCAUCGGCGGCGGUAUCUCCGGUUCCGAUAUCUUCCUUGCCUUCUCCGUCGUCUCACAAUCACAGAAAGCGGAGCUCUCAAAUGGGUACUAGUCCUUCUCCUAUUUCUCAAGCUCCUCCGCACAUUAGUCCUAGUCCGAUACAGGUUCACUCUUUAGCUAUGAUCGAGUCUUCCCGCUUCGGUGGUGACCAUAAUUUCUCACAGUCCCCAAACCCUGUUGGGAUUGCGAGAAGUACGGGGCUGGAUCAGCACCAUUUGGUUUUAUCUGGUGGGAAGGAGGAUUUGGGUGCUUUGGCAAUGUUAGAAAAUAGUGUGAAGAAACUUAAGAGUCCCAAAGCUUCGCCUGGUGCCACUCUUAGUAAGGAUCAGAUUGAUUCUGCACUCCAACUACUGUCUGAGUGGUUCUAUGAGUCAUGUGGGUCCGUCUCAUUUUCGAGCCUCGAGCAUCCCAAGUUCAGGGCUUUCCUUAGCCAGGUGGGCUUGCCUGCAUUGCUGCAGCGUGAGCUUUCUGGUGCUCGACUUGAUGCUAAGUUUGAUGAGGUGAAAGCUGAGUCUGAAGCUAGGAUUAGAGAUGCAAUGUUUUUCCAAGUUGCUUCUGAUGGGUGGAAAAGCGGGGAUUCUUGUGGGGAAGAGAAUGUUGUUAAGUUCACGGUUAAUCUUCCGAAUGGGAUUAGUGUUUUCCAGAAGGUGGUGUUUACUGGCGGGUCAGUUUCUUCGAAAUAUGCAGAGGAGGUGUUGUGGGAUUCAGUUACUGGAGUAUGUGGGAAUGCUGUGCAGCGUUGUGUGGGGAUCGUUGCAGACAAAUAUAAGGCCAAGGCAUUGAGGAACUUGGAGACUCAGAACCAUUGGAUGGUGAAUGUCUCCUGUCAGCUUCAGGGGUUCUUGUCUUUGAUUAAGGAUUUUAACAAAGAGCUUCCACUGUUUAGGGUUGUCAUUGAAAAUUGCUUAAAGGUUGCGAAUUUUGUAAAUAGCAACUCUGAGGUUAGGCAUGCUUUCGAGAAGUGCAAGAUACAAGAGCUUGAGUAUGCUGGGUUGCUCCAAGUUCCUUCGCCCAAAUGUGAUACUUCAAAGAACUUUGCACCUAUCUACGCAAUGCUGGAGGAUAUAUUGAGUUGUGCCCGCAUACUCCAAAUGGUCGUCUUGGUUGAUUUUUAUAAAGCGAUAUGUCUAGAGGAUCCAAUUGCUAGGGAAGUUGCAGGGAUGAUUCAAACUGAAGGAUUUUGGAAUGAAUUAGAGGCAGUUUAUUCACUUGUUAAGAUGAUCAGAGGGAUGACUCAGGAGAUUGAGGCUGAGAGGCCAUUAAUUGGGCAAUGUCUGCCCCUUUGGGAAGAAUUGAGAACAAAAGUAAAGGAUUGGUGUGCCAAGUUCAACAUUGUUGAAGGACCUGUUGAGGAAAUAGUUGAAAAACGAUUCAGAAAGAACUACCACCCAGCAUGGUCGGCUGCAUUUAUCCUUGACCCGAUAUACUUGAUGAGGGACACUAGUGGAAAGUACCUUCCACCAUUCAAGUGCUUGACACACGAGCAGGAGAAGGAUGUAGAUAAGCUCAUUACCAGGUUGGUUUCCAGAGAAGAAGCUCAUGUUGCAUUGAUGGAGCUCAUGAAAUGGAGAACAGAAGGAAUGGACCCACUUUAUGCUCAGGCAGUGCAGGUUAAACAGCGAGAUCCUGUAACUGGAAAGAUGAAAAUGGCAAACCCGCAGAGCAGCAGACUUGUGUGGGAAACUUGUCUAAGUGAGUUAAAGACAUUGGGGAGGGUUGCAGUGAGACUGAUCUUCCUCCAUGCAACCUCAUGUGGAUUUAAGUGCAAUUGGUCUUUCAUGAGAUGGAUUCGUGUACAUAGGCACUCAAGGGUAGGCCUGGAAAAGGCACAGAAGAUGAUAUUUAUUGCAGCUCAUGCCAAACUAGAGAGAAGGGAUCUUUCUAGUGAGGAAGAAAAGGAAGCAGAGCUGUUUGGGACUGCAGACGUUGAGGAUGACAUGCUGACUGAGGUCUUUUCCGAUGCACCCACAGUGAGAGGGUUUUCCUGAAUGGGCUGGGUGGAUGGCAAACAAGGCUUGAGUCAUCACACGGGUCAAACCUCGUAAGAACACAAGAGCGAAUCUUUGUAGCCAAAGACACACUUCUCACUGAUUGAACUAGGCAUAUCUGCUGGUAUAUCAGUUUCUGAAAUUGAAGAGCCCUACCACGGGAAGUGGAAGUCCAUUUCAGUGCUUUAGUUGUCAUGGUCAACGAAAAGGAAGUCUCCAACUGGGCCCUUACGAACUUUGUUUUUGGAGGAUGAAAAUUUGCAGUCCGCACAGUUAUCAGAUAGGCCUUCCAUGAUUGCUAAAAAGUCUUGAGCAAAAUGGAAGCAAGGAGGGGAUGUGCAUAAUAUAACUGAAAGGGAUAUUGCAACGAACUUGAACUGAAUCUGCAUGUAAUUUGGCUUAGUAAUAUUGAGCAUAAGUAGGCUGAGAAAUGAAACGGGUUAUGUGCAUCACGUGUAAACGGAUUUCAUUAGUGGUUCAACUGGCGAGAAAGACCUUAGCCUUGUGGCAAUUGCUCUAAGAUGGGAGAAUGCGUAUGUGGUAUUCACUGUAUAUAUGCACAUAAUAUAUCUGUUUGCAGAAUUCUGAAAAUCGGAUUCAGGAAACUCAGUUCGUGGCCGUAGCAGGUGAUACAUUCAAAUUUAAUUCUCUUUUUUUUUUCCCCCGAGUAAUGUGCAAGAACGAUACAGUAUGAAAAAUGGGACCAAAAAAAAAAAAAACAGAGGACAAAGUGGCAUAUGAAGUCACUAGUUGAGUUGGCCAUAGUUUUAGUAUCUUAUAACAGCACUUCCAAAUUUUGGAGAAUUAUUACACUUUCUGGUGCACCUUCAAAUCAUACUCAGUUGAGUUUUCAAUAAACCAUACCAAUCAUAACCCCCUCUUGCCAUAGAAACCCAAUAUGGUAACUUGACUGAGCAGUAGACUGAAAAAAAAAUACCAAGUGGGUUUGUGAAUGAAGAAAAAAAUUCGGGUAGAGCUCCCCCACUAUGUUAUUCGCAAGUCAUCUCUCACAAAAACAUGAAACCUUUUGUAUUUUGUUCCCACCUGGUGUGAGAGUUCCCUAGUCAAACAGCUCUGCCAAAGUUCAAAGUUUUCACUUUUGAGUUAAGUGUAGUUAGUGGUGGAGUAAGAAUUUGUUACUUUUUCUUUCUACCUUUGAUUUCAUUUGUUACUGAAUUUGGUGAAGGCAUAGGGGGUCCUGUCGGCAGGGGGAGGCAAAAUACUGACUACUCACCAACUAGAAGGGAAAGGGAAAGCCUAAGCCUUUAUUUAGAAUUGUAUGGUAUAGGAGGAUGGAUUCAUUGUUCACUCUCCACUCAUGUUGUUGUUAAAGAGAAAGUAGAUAUGAUGAUUAGUAUAGGACAACACUCUUUUCUACAAGAAUCUUCACACUUUCAAUGCUCCUUCAUAAUUAGCUUUCUUCCUUUU